GGGCCGUAAAGAAAGGCGGAGGCUGGCGAGAGCGAGCACAAGCGGAGCACCACCCACGCCACGCACGCACACCGGCGCUCGCCGCCACACUCAUCAGAGAGGCGCACGCGCGCGCAGAUCUCCCGCCGCGGCCCAGCCCUCGCGAUUCCGGCCGGAGGGGUGCCGCCCUGGACGCCGGCGCCUUCGAUUCGAUCUGACGGCCCCCGGCGGCGGCUGCGGAGGGCACGGGGGGAGGCUAGGGUUAGGGUUCCGCCGCGAUGCAGCGGCCGGGACGGCUGCAGCGCUCGGGGUCGAAGCGCGGGCUUGACCCCACCGGCGGCGGCGACGACGACGACCAUGCGCCCAAGCGGCCGCGCGUCCCCGCCCUCGCGAGUGUCAUUGUGGAAGCUCUCAAGAUGGACAGUCUGCAGAAGCUUUGUUCAUCGCUCGAGCCCAUUCUCCGAAGAGUUGUAAGCGAAGAAGUAGAGCGUGCUUUAGCCAAAUUGGGCCCUGCUAGGAUCCAAGGAAGAUCCUCCCCGAAACGAAUUGAAGGCCCUGAUGGUAGAAAUCUUCAGCUUCAGUUCAGGAGCCAGUUGGCUCUUCCAAUCUUUACUGGUGGAAAAGUUGAAGGUGAGCAGGGAGCAGCUAUACAUGUUGUGCUGCUGGAUGCAAACACUGGAUGUGUUGUUACCUCAGGACCUGAAUCGUUUGCAAAACUGGAUAUCCUUGUGCUCGAGGGCGACUUUAAUAAAGAGGAAGAUGAGGAUUGGACAGAAGAAGAGUUUGAAAAUAAUAUUGUCAAGGAGCGUGAAGGGAAGAGGCCUCUUUUGACGGGUGACCUGCAAGUGACUCUUAAAGAAGGUGUUGGAACCAUAGGGGAGCUUACCUUCACUGACAACUCCAGCUGGAUAAGAAGCAGGAAAUUCAGACUUGGGCUGAGGAUUGCUCCUGGCUUUUGUGAAGGUAUUCGUGUCCGAGAGGCCAAGACAGAAGCUUUCCCCGUUAAGGAUCACAGAGGAGAAUUGUACAAAAAGCACUACCCACCUGCGUUGAAGGAUGAUGUUUGGAGAUUAGAAAAGAUUGGCAAGGAUGGUGCAUUCCACAAGAAGUUAAAUGCCAGUGGAAUCUACACGGUUGAAGAUUUCCUCCAGCUUCUUGUUAGGGAUCAGCAGAGAUUACGCAGCAUUCUGGGCAGUGGCAUGUCAAAUAAGAUGUGGGAGAGCCUUGUUGAGCAUGCAAAGACUUGUGUCUUAAGUGGAAAGCAUUAUAUAUAUUAUGCUAGUGACACAAGAAACGUUGGUGCAAUAUUCAAUAACAUCUACGAGUUUACUGGUUUGAUUGCUGAUGAUCAGUUCAUUUCAGCAGAAAGUCUCACAGACAAUCAGAAGGUCUAUGCUGAUGCAUUGGUAAAGAAGGCAUAUGAGGACUGGAUGCAUGCUGUAGAAUAUGAUGGCAAGGCACUCUUGAGCUUCAAGCAGAAAAAGAAAUCUGUCACAACAAGAAGUGACACUGCAGCUGCUUCAACAAGCAAUCCUGCUUCAUAUGGUUCGGCCAAUUCACAGAAACAAUUGUCCCUGCCAGCGAAAUCUGGACAACCUGCCUCGGCGGGUAGUAUGAAUGAUGCAGAUGGAACUAGAAGUGCAUACAAUGGAAACCAGUCAGCAAGAUAUGCAGACAACACUCAGAACAUUCCCACAAACAUCACCAUGCAAUAUGACAGGAGUGCACUGUCGCCAGAAAGCCAGUUUAGUGGUUCAUCGCUUCAGGCUCAAGCUUCAAGAGGGUCCAAUAUGCUAGCAUUGGGACCUCCGCAGCAACAGAACCAAAGUUUUGAAUUCCCAGCGCUUGGUCAGUCCAUGCAGUCAGGGAUAAAUCCUUUUGAUCAAUGGUCGCAACCACAGGAGAACCGUGGUGGGGUUGAUGACUACUUGAUGGAGGAGAUCAGGAUGAGGAGCCAUGAGAUACUAGAAAAUGAAGAAAUGCAGCAAAUGUUGCGGAUUCUGAGCAUGGGCGGCGCAGGAACCAACCUGACUGAAGACGGCUUCAACUUCCCUUCUUACAUGCCUACACCUUCCCCGAACUUGAGUGUUGAGGACGACCGCACCCGUGCGCCUGGGAAAGCCGUUGUCGGGUGGCUCAAGAUCAAGGCUGCCAUGCGGUGGGGGAUCUUUGUGAGGAAGAAGGCUGCCGAGAGAAGAGCUCAGCUUGUUGAGCUCGAUGACUAGAGGGAAAGUAUUAACAGCUGGAAGCAUGCGCUCUCGAGCUGGUCUUGUACCAAGGUUUCAUCGAUGUUGUUUGUGUACCUGGGUGGGCUCAGCUCAGCAAUGACCCUUAGGCGGACAGUUCUGGUCCUGAGCUUAAUUAUGGACAAAACUCUCUUCCAUUUUUCCUUUUGUAUAGCUCUUCCUACCAUUUUCCAUGCUUUUGUUUGUUUAGUGUGAUGCUAGUCCUGUUAUGAACCUUAACCUGAACUCUGUACAUUUAUUUGUUACAGAAUCCAAACAGGCAUUAAACAUUGGCACC